GCUCUGACAAAAUAACUAGGUUUGCGUAAAAUACAGGUGCAACUUCAAACUAGGCUUUUUCAGUGCUAGCUUGUUGUGGUGAAUACAUACACAAGGAGGAAUGACAUGAAUUAGCCCAGCCUGCUAUUGCGCGGCUUCGUGGGAGAUAACAUGACAUGCGUUAUUUUUCUGAUGUCCCUUCUGGCACAAGCAGGUGCACAGAAGUGGUUUCACAAAAGCCCGUGCAUUGCCUUGGCCAUAUUUGUAGACCAUGACAACUAUUCUCACGUUUUGGAUGGAUGGGGAAAGGAAAUGUAUUAUUACAGAAGAUAUGUUGAAAUGAUGCAGAAUCGGCUUGAUAUGUUGGGUGAAGAUAUCCUGCUCUAUUUAACCGAUCUUAAGGUGGUAUGUAUUUAUCUAACAAGGCAAGAAAGCGACAUAAUCUUCACCCAACGUCGACAUUACUGGGACCCAUGGGAUGCAAUAUUUCCAUUUUCUGAGAUCGUAAAGAAAUAUCACUCGAAAGCAUGGCGAAAUGCCAACCUUGUCAUCCUAAUGACGCAGAGGCUCUUUCACAGUGGCGUUGAGCAGGACCUGGUAGGAGGUGCUGUUAAAUUUGAGAACAUAUGUUCUGCAAACCGGGUCGCCGUGGUUCAUCACAAAGGAAUUUACACCACUGUAAAUAACAUGGUGCAGCUGCUUCUACGAUCAUUGGGAGUGAAGCAUGAUGGCGUAAGGGGUUACGAGGAAUGUGCUCCGCGGGAUGGGCAAAUCAUGAGCACACACGUACUGUUGCUAAUAGAUUACACGUUUUCUAGCUGCACCAAGAGGAACGUGCCUAUUCAAGUAGCGAGAGCCAACAGGAAUCACAAUGACUGCCUUGUAAGGAGAAAAAUCACAGGCAGUUAUACGAAGUGGAAACCUUCGUAUGGUCUCAAGAACAUAUAUUACCCGGAAAACGUUUGUGAACAUAUAGGCAUGUACGCCUGCGAUCCAGGGAGGGAGUACGAAAGCCGAUGCAUUGCGAAGUGCUGCUCCAAUGCUUUCGUCAAAGACGGGCCUGCAGGAGAAGAAUACCCAUUACCUGAUGGAGCCCGCUGUGAAAGGAGGAACCACGUGUGUUACAAUGGCAGAUGCACCGACUGGGUCGAACAUCCUGCGAGACCACGACCAGGGGCUGAUACGAGACGUUGAGCUGAAAUACUUGAAGCAUCUCGCAGUGGUUGCUCGAACCUGCGAUAUGCUGUUCUUGUCGGGGUCCGAAUCAUCAGCUUUGCAGCAAGCACUGAAGACCCAGCCCGGAACAAAACCGUGCCGAUUGAAGCAUUGUAGUUACACAAAUAUAUAGUGCCCAACAACUGCA